UCAGGCACUGGGACCAUGCACGCAGGCUCUUGUCCCUAAAAAUACCCAGCCUGUGCCUAAAGUGGCGGGAGGGAAGCAAAUGCACUGAUGUGUAUGACCGGCUCGGGAAAUGAUUAAUGGGAGCCAGCGCCGGGUUCUUUAAGCGCUGCAUGCAUUUAAUUCACCGGCUUCUCUGUAAGUGUGUGCUUGUACAAAAAAGAACUUCAGCCAGGAGACUUCUGUGACCGUGAUUUGAAGGCGAGGUGGAAAAUUGCGAUACUGAGGUUAUUUAGUGCAAAGGAUUUUCAAGAGGAUGUCGAGACGCAGUGAUCGUUUACAAGCUAGGCAGGCGAAAGUGGAGGAACAAAAGAAUGGCCCCAUGCAGUCCAAGAGGAGGAAAUCUGAAGAAUGCAAGCAACGUUGCCACGAAGCAGAAGUUAAUAAGCGAAGACAUCAGUUCCAGAUACAGAGUUGUUGGGCUCCCAUUGCACCCGGAGGUGUUAGUCCGUGUGUCCUUAUCCCUACACCCCACAAAGAGAACGAUCUCACUGAAGACUUCUCCAAGUUCACACAAUAUAGGUUUAAAAAUUUAUUCCUAAACAAAUCACCGCUACCACCUCUUGGCUGGGGAAGCUCUGAAGACGUUUGGUCAAACAUGUUGAAGAAGGAAAUAAAAUACACGCACAGUAAAGAUGUUCUCUCCUUGCACCCGUCCUUACAGCCAAAAAUGAGAGCAAUUCUACUCGACUGGCUAAUAGAGGUUUGUGAUGUUUACAUGCUCCAUAGAGAAACCUUUUACCUGGCUCAGGAUUUUUUUGAUCGGUUCAUGUUUACUCAGGAGAAUGUUCAUAAAAGCAAGCUGCAACUUAUCGGCAUCUCCUCGCUGUUCAUCGCGGCAAAGCUGGAGGAAAUCUACCCUCCAAAACUGAAUGAGUUUGCGUAUGUCACAGACGGAGCAUGCACGGAAACAGAGAUACUGGAUAUGGAGUUAAUUAUUUUAAAGGCACUGAAUUGGGAGUUGUGUCCGGUGACUGUUGUUUGCUGGUUAAACCUUUACCUUCAAAUUGUCUUUUUAAAAGAAGUACCGAACAUGUCCUUUCCUCAGUAUUCGCAAGAUGUCUUCAUACAGAUUGCUCGGCUUCUGGAUCUGUGCAUCCUGGAUGUGGAGAGUUUAAGUUUCCCGUACGGAGUGCUGACUGCUGCUGCUUUGUGUUACUACACGCCCAUGGAGGAUACCUUCACAGCUUCAGGCCUGAAAUGGGAGAACAUUUCUGCGUGUUUUAACUGGAUGAUCCCUUUUGCAAAGACAGUGAAUGAAGAAAACGCAGUGAAGUUGAGAGACUUUGAACACGUGGCAAACGAGGACCGACACAACAUCCAGACACACACCAAGUACCUGGAUAUGCUAGAUGAGGUGCAUGUGAGGAAAAUGGAGUCCAUAGCAAGGCUGUCACCUGUGUCCAUCGGAGGGAUAUUGACUCCACCUAAAAGUACUGAAAAACCGUCCAGUUUAUUGUACUGAAGUUGAAUUUGCUGUAGAGGAAUGAAUGGAAAAACCGGACAACUGUGGAAUUAACAGCUGGGGUUGUACGAUGCCUUGAGAUGCAGCUGGAAACUCUUACUGGAGUUAAUUUUAGGAAAAAACAUCUAAUGGUUUUGGAUUUGUUUUAAAGAACGGGCAAGCUGGGAGCUGGCUCCACAAUGUUUUACUUCCACCGAGAAGACCCCUGUGGUGGGUCUGUUCUGGGGAAGGAAAAAGUGUACUUUUAAACAAAACCCAGAGAUGACUACUGCACAUUUUUUUUUAAAAAAGGCAGCUCAUGCUAUCCAUUUCAAUAAUGGUUUUAUUCAGAAAGAUGUGCGAGCAUUGUGAUUAAUUUUCUUGUGGAGUGGGAAGACUAGUAAAAGCUGUGAUUUUGUCACAGGACAGAGCCAUUGCUUGAUUUGCAGUAAAAUGUAACUGCUGUGAAAUAGUGCACUGUGGAGCUGAGAACUUUAUCGAGGGAUCACAUUACUCUUGUACGUUUACAACAGGGAGGUGGGUGAAUUGCAGUGGAGAUUUAAGUUUGUGAAGAUUUGAGUCGAUUUACAAUAAGCAGACCGAUGUUAAGUAUUAUGUCUUGAUAAUGUAACUCACUGAAGGUUUGCACUGUCUUUUAAGAAUUGUAUGGUAGCCAAGUAAAAUGCAGGGGGUAUGGAGUUGGGACCUGUGUUGGGUGUUAGAGCCUGGACUGUAACUGAGCAGCUGAUCAAAUAAGCAUUCUCUCAUUAAUGGGCUUCAUCUGCACCGUCUGAGCUAAAGGAGCAAAGGGAGUGAUGUUUAUUGCACUGUAAAAGAGACCACGUACGUAAACCUCAAAGCAGUUCACCACUAAUUCCUCACCCAGCUAAACUAAAUCUCACUGCCAAAGAACAUGAAUUUUAUUGUAUUACUGUAAAUAGUUUUGUAAAAAUGUACAGUAAAUUACCUGUUAAAGACAGCUAUCCAACUAUACAAUUUCCAGUGAUCUAUGAAUGAGCAUUGAAUGGGUAAGCUAUGAACUAGCGGAAUAUUUUAUGGACAGGUGUAAGACUCAUACUAUGAAAUUAGGUGCUGUGAAAUUAAAUUUGAAACAUG